AAUUCAACAUUAAGGUGAUUAGUACAGUUGAACAAUUAAUACUUGAGUAUUUUUUUUUCAACAUUCAUUAUUCAAUUUUGAAAUUUAAAUGAGACUGUAAAGUGCUUCAGUGAGAAAUCCAUUAAAAAGUGUAAUGAAAAUUUCUCUUUCUACUACUAAAAAACCAUUCAAUGAUCCUAGGGGGGGAAAGCAUUUAUUAUACCUACUGUUACUGAUUUUUGUUUUUUGCAAAGUUAUUGUUGUUAACCUCUAUUAAAAGAAAUGCUUCAAUUGUUGGAGAGCUAAGCAAAUAUUUACUUUAGAAAUGAAUAAACAGUUUAAGUUUCUGUCAAUAGUUUACUCACAUUUUGUUAAGUUGAUCAUUUGUACCAUCGGCUACUGAAAACAAAAUACUUUUCCGGACAUUAUUACGAGUAUCUUAAAUUACAGAACUGCAAUUAUUGUUUAAAAAGUAAUAAUGUAAUUUUGAAACAACAUAUGGUAAAUAAUAAAGACUUCCACUUCAAGCCUUUCCUGCAUUAUAGUGAUUUUAGCACAGUGUAGUUAUUCAAAUAACAGAACUGAGUUUUUAGAGGAAUAAUUAUACUCACUAUGUCGGUGUUAAUUUCAAAUUACACUACCACUUUUUAAAAAUUGUAGUAUCUAACUCCUUUUUUUGUAGCAGUCUUGCUUUCAAGAUGGAUAUAACUUCACUACUAAUGCUUUCCUCCUUUGACACAAUAAAGAACUAGUGAUGUCAAAUGAGCAUUUGCAGAAUGCCUUUGAAGGUUAAGUAAUUGCAGCUCUCAGAUAAUCCAGGGUAAUCUGCUCUGACUAAAUGGAAGCUACAUGCCCAAGUUUGGCAUCCAGGAUGAUUGUCUAGGAGUAAAGGAUAUCUUUGAUUUUGGAUUUACCUAUUGUCUUGGAAAGAAACCAUGCAUCUGCUUGCGGCUGUUUGUGUCAUGAUCGGCAUUUUGGAAGCAGUGGAUAGUUUCUGCCCUUCUCAAUGCAGCUGCAGUUACCACGGCAUGAGUGAUGGAACCAGAACAAGAUCUGUGCUUUGUAAUGAUCCUGAUAUGUUUGAAAUCCCUAUCAAUAUUCCUGUGGACUCUGUAAAACUCCGGGUAGAAAAGACAGUCAUAAGAAAAAUUCCAGCAGAUGCUUUUUAUUACCUGGUGGACCUCAAAUAUCUAUGGCUUACUUACAAUUCUAUCACCAGCAUUGAUAGCAGAAGCUUUUAUAGUUUAAAGCAGCUACAUGAAUUGCGUCUGGAUGGCAAUUUGUUGUUGCGUUUCCCUUGGGAGUCAUUGGCUGAGAUGUCCAAUCUACGAACUCUAGAUUUACACAAUAACAAAAUGACCAGUAUUCCAGUUGAGGCCGGCAAGUACCUGAGAAAUCUCACUUACUUAGAUAUAUCUAGUAACAAACUAACAUCCUUGCCUUCAGACCUCAUGGAUAUCUGGCUUCCUUUUUCUGAAACAAAAGUACCCAGAAAUACAGAUACUCCGAUGCACAGGGUCAUAUUAGGUCUGCAGGACAAUCCAUGGUAUUGUGAUUGUCGUAUUUCCAAGCUGAUUGAAUUUUCCAAAACUGGGGAUAGUGCUCUUAUAUUCCUGGACCCUUUUGUGGCUUGCAAUGGACCUGAAAGCUUGUCUGGCAUCUUGUUUCAAAGAGCAGAGUUGGAACAGUGUUUGAAGCCAUCAGUAAUUACUUCAGCUACAAAGAUUACAUCACCUCUAGGAAGCAACGUGCUUUUACGCUGUGAUGCAACUGGAUAUCCCACGCCACAACUCACCUGGCUUAGAACAAACAAUAGACCAGUGGACUAUACAGUUAUUCAAGAAAGUCCAGGAGAAGGUGAAAGAUGGUCCAUUAUUAGUCUGACAGGCAUUUCCUACAAAGAUGCAGGAGACUACAGAUGCAAGGCCAAAAAUUUCGCUGGAAUGUCUGAAGCUUUUGUUACUCUCACUGUUAUUGGUGUUACCACAACGGAAUCUUCCCCAAAAUAUGGCAAGAAGACAGGAACAGAGCAAGCAAAUAUUACUCAAGAAGAUGUCAAACUAGAAUUUUUCAAUGUGACACUUUCUUCUUCUACAAUAGCAUCCACAACCACCUUUCCAUCUACAACUAUGGCCACCACUGAAAAAUUCACAACUAAAGGAGAAACUGACACAAAGCAACCUGAGCCCAUGCCUGAUGACAAAAAGAAUGGGAACACAAUUGUGAGUGGAAGGAAAAAGCAAUUGGAUACAUCACUCAGUGUAGAGUCAGCAGAUGAACAAAAUAUCACUCUGAAAAACCUAAGAGUAAUUCCUGAAACCAGUGAAAGAGUGACCUUGAUGUGGAAAAAUAUUGAUGUCUCUAAUAGCUCUGCUGUGACUGUGCUGUAUUCCAAGUAUGGAGAAAAAGUGAUGCUGUCACUAAAUCCAGAUCCCACAAAAAACAAAGUGACAAUAGAUGGUUUGGAGCCUAGCACAAAGUACAUGGCCUGUGUCUGCCCCAAAGAGAUGCUUCCCACCAAAGACCAAUGCAUCAUUUUCUCCACGGAUAGAAUUACUCUGGAAGACAAUUCUCCUAUUUCCAUUUUGCUAGUAGCUAGUGGGGUAGCCUGUGCACUUGUGAUACCACUCAUUUUUUUCCUAUUGUAUAAAGUUGUGAUGCUUCACAGGAAACCAAAAUUCAUCAAGGAAGAUGAACUUGCAAAAGAGACUUAUAUCAAAUUUGAAACUCUUUCUUUUAGACCACAUUCCAUGGGAGCAAAUGUGGAGAUCUGGACUCACCGGAACACCGAUGAAUCUGAAAGACAACUACUUUGUUCUAGGUCAAGUAUGGAUUCGCAGAUGACCUUCAAAAGUGAAGGUUCUAGGUCAAAGUACUUCUACUAACUCUGGGUUCUGUAGAUUAGACAAUCUACAGAACCCAGAGACAGCAGAAGUUCUCUGACCAAGAACCUUCAAUUUAGAUAGAAGCAAAAGAAGCUGAGACCCAAUACUGGAUCAAUGCCAGUCACAAAUCAUGGAUGACAAAUACUGUAAAUGAUAGAAAUUAAACUCUUAUGUGGUGAGGAAAGGAAAAUGCUUCUACAAAAACAUUUAAUGACACUUGAUUAUUCCCGAAGCACUUAUCACUGUAUAGCUUUUUUCUGAUUAAUAUUUUGUUGUUUAAAAAAAGUUUUAUGUAAAAUAUGUAUUUUUUCUUCCAUGAUGCUCUCCAUAUUUCUUUCAAUUAUAUACUGCAGUUCAAUGCAAAGUACUUAUCAAUAUUUUGUUUAACUAACUCAAACUCCUGAGUUAUGCAUGAGUGGAAAAACUCAAUGGGGCACAACCCAGAGUAAGCCAUUUCAAUUAGGUUGAUGAAUUAGUUUGAUUUUGUAUUGUGGUCAAGAGGUUGUAUAAUUAAAAAUAUGAGAUUCAAUUUGGGGAAUGCACAUAAAUAUUUAUAAGGUCAAGGUGUAAUGCAGUUAAUCAGCACUAAGAUUAUAUAUAUAUGCAGCUAACUAAAGUAAGUCAGAAGCUACACCUGGAAUAAGUCACAACUAAAUUCCACUCAAAUCACUUAUUUGAUAACUUGGACCUAUUAUGUAAUUCCACGAUAGAUUCUUUUCAGAAGAAUCAUGUGAGGAAUGCAUUUCCUCAACCCAUGGAAUGAGUUUAAGCUAAUGAUGAAUAUGCAUAAGUAAGAGCUGCAACAAAGGAACUAACAUUAUAUAAUGAAAUUGUAUAGUAUUUUCUUCCUAAGCAGUGGGUUGGACUAUAAGACCUCCAAAAUCCCUUCUAACUAUUCUAUUCUGUUCUAUUCUAUUCUAUUCUAUUCCACUCCACUCCACUCCACUCCACUCCAUACUGCAUAGAGGUAAGCUAGAGGAACAUAUUUUGGACUUAUCCAUUAAGAUUAGAAAAGAAUAUUAAGAAUAAGUAAAGGAGAGUUUGAAAUAUUAAAACAAAUAGUAUCUUUUUUCAAAAAAUCUAGGCCACAGUACAAUGGUUCUCCUCCAGUAUUUGCCUUAGUAUUUAUCUGGUAUUCAAUGAUAUAUUGCUAUUGAUUAUAAUAUUUUUAUUUUAGCCAUUCUAAGUACCUUAUUCUAAGUAAUUCUAGGCAAUAGUGGUUAAUGCAUCAGUUCUUGAAUGUGAAUGAAAUGAUUAAUCCUUUUUUAAAUACCUAGUAACAUUAUUAGCCUUUAUUAUGGUCAAGAGGCUGUGAUGGCUCAGCAGUUAAAUAAGCUGAGUUUGUUAGCUGGAAAGCUGACAGUCUGGUUCAAGAUCUGCAUGCUGUGUGAUGGGAUGAGCUCUCGUUACUUGUCCCAGCUCCUGCCCAGCUAGCAGUUUGAAAUCGUGCAAAUGCAAGUAGAUAAAGAGGUACCACUUUGCUGGGAAGUUAACAGUGUUCCAUGCACAUUGGCUUAUGGUCACGCUGGCUACAUGAUCAUAGGAAUGUCUAUGUAGACCAUGCUGGCUUCCUCAGCUAAAAAAUGAACAUGAGCACUGCCCUCCUAGAGUCGGAAAUGACUGGACAGGUGAAACCUUUACCUUUAACCUUCUUAUGAUCAAUGGCCAAAUGUAUACACGUUUACAUUAUGAAGGUUACAGAUUUGGAAUUUCAGAAAGUAAUGAAAACUGAAAUAACAUAGAGUGAAAGAAGUAGAUUACUACCGUAAAGAAUUCAAACACUUUAAACAGAACUGAAAUUAUAGAAGUAUCACAUUCUGGUUUCUCCUAAUAGUGUAUUUAGUUGCUUUUCUUUUAAUAAGAAAAAUAUUAAGUUAGAUUUUUGGAGCUUAGUAGAAGACUUAAUACCUUUUAUUUCUCAUGUAAGCAGAGUAUAUCACCUUUGGAACAGUUUCUCCCAUAGGAUUUGGAUGGCCCUGAAUCUAUGUUAAAAGCUUCAUUCUUUUCCAUGAGCCCAUCCCGGGCACCAGACAAGAAUGGUGGAUAAGCUUGUGUUUCUGAGAGAUGGUUUAUACAAUUGGUGACCUCCAGCUGUUUGGUGUUUAUGUCCUGCUUUAUGAAUUUAGGGUUUUUUGAUGGUUGAAUGUAGGGAUAUUUUAUUUACCAUGUUCUUUUGGGGUUUUGAUAUAUUGAUGUACGCCACCUUCAAAAAAAUUGGACA